GUCAACACGUAUAUUCUCUUAAGAUAACUAAUAACCAUGAGUGGACGCGGUAAAGCUGGAAAAUUGAAGGGCGGUAAGUCGAAGACCAGGUCGUCCCGUGCCGGACUACAAUUUCCGGUCGGUCGUAUCCACCGUCUGUUGAGAAAAGGAAACUAUGCCGAACGCGUCGGAGCCGGAGCACCCGUUUACUUGGCCGCCGUCAUGGAAUAUUUAGCGGCUGAAGUCUUGGAAUUGGCCGGUAACGCCGCCCGUGACAACAAGAAGUCUCGUAUCAUUCCAAGACAUUUGCAAUUGGCUAUCAGAAAUGACGAAGAGUUAAACAAAUUAUUGUCCGGUGUGACGAUCGCCCAAGGUGGUGUUUUACCAAACAUUCAAGCCGUUCUCUUACCCAAGAAAACCGAAAAAAAAGAUUAAAUAUUCCAGCAAUACCACCUUUUUUCUACAUUUCAUU